GCUUUGCGAACGCAUUUAUACAUCAUUUUCCCCCUGAGCCUCAUCUUGUCGAUCUGCGAGACGUCGAUGGAGGCCCAAGCCGAAGCCUCUUCUGAGAUCCCACUUCGGCAAUUCAUGGCCUAUGAUUUCGACCACGACAGUGUUUAUCAACAAGGUCUAUCUGGGAUCCUACAGAGCGAUGCACUAGAUGGAAAGUCAAGAGAGGAACGGGCGGACAUCGUGCUCCGCUCUCAGGUGUUCUACUUCAAUCGCUUGACCGGACAUUCUAUCACCGCAGAAGAUGUACUACAGACCCAGGCCAUGCCGGCGGCGAACGGCACGUCCGCAGCACUGCAUACAUUGGACCCUGUGGUGGGUUCUACGGCAUCAUCCACGAAUGCGAAUGCUACGGGAGAUGACCGCGAGAUGCGGAUAUUGAGCUUCGCGGAACUCAAGACUCUGAUCGAGCAAGGGAGAACGGACGAGAUUCCCAAUAACCGGACCAUCUCUAACGAGCUCAAUCAAUCAGCGCCGAGUGAAACGAGAGCAGCUGUGCGCAAGAAGCCUUGGGAAACUGCUCAGACAUCUGGUACAACUAUCUGACACUGAGGUAUUGAAUUUGUAAAUUGAGAGUGCGACGCUUGCGCUAUGGACCGUUUAUUACCUUUGGUGUAA